UGUGGACAUUUCCUGUCUUCCUGGUGGUUGGUUUUAAUGUUAAACCAGUUUUUAGAAUGUGGUGUGAGGUCGGCUUUGUUUCUUUAAUGGAACUUUUGCUGAGUGUUUAUCUUCACGUUAUUAUUGUUCAUGUAGCUGGAGGCUGCAUUCUAGCAAACCAUGGACGUGAAUUAAAAAUCGAAGCAGACUUAUCCGACACCAUUCUGCUGCCGUGCUACUGUGCUGAUCUAAACACAACAACUCAGAGUUUCCUGUGGACGAAGAUGAACGAGACGUCCAGAAACAUGUUGGACCGCACUGAUGGGAAAAGAGUACAGCUGGUUGUUGGCUCUCCAGGGAACUUCUCUUUACUCAUAACAAACUUGACCUUGGAAGACAAGGGGUUUUACAGAUGUGAGAGCAGAGCCGGGCAUUACACAGACAUCCGUCUCAUCAUUAAGGGAAGCCAUGAAAUCAUCCAUGGAGACGAAUCAACUAUCACAGCACACGUAGGAACCUCAACACUGCUGCCAUGCCACUCCACUGAGCUAAACACCAUACCUAAAAAAUUCCUCUGGAGGAAAUACAGCAGGUCCAAAGCGACGUGGGACGAUAUGUCCAUUGACGGACAGAAAUUUCAGCUGCUUAACGAUCACUUUCCAGGAAACCUCUCUCUUCUCAUAUCACACCUGAGUCAAGAGGAUGAAGGAGUUUACAGGUGUGACCUCGGAAGAGAUAAAUACACAGAUGUAAAGCUUGUAGUUAAAGUUGCUCCAGAGCCUCUUCCCUUCAUCCCUGUCGCCAUGGUGACCGUCAUCUUUCUGCACAUGAUCGUUGCUGGGGUCUACUGCACCACCAGAAAAAAAGCUUUACCAGAUCCUGCACGAGUUCUCUACAGCACAGCUGGUGGAGAUGGAAAUGUGAAUCUGGAGUGGUGAAGCUCUGCUGAAGAACAGAAGAAAGUUCAUGGUGCUCUACAAAGCUAACAAAUUUGUAUCUGUGAAGAAUGUGUGUUAAAAUGUGAGCUUCUUAAAUGAACAGAAAACUUCUUUUUAUCUAAUGGACUAACGAGUCAUUAACAUACUGUAUGUGUUUAUGAAAUCAUUUCUAAAUAAGAAGUCUCUCUUGCAUUUUUUUGAUGAUUUCACCCAGUCCCUCUAGACUAUAUAUAUAUAUACACCUCCUAUUAAAAAGACGCCCCCACCCUGGAGUGUGUGUGGUGCAUUUGUUGUAAUCAGGGUCAUGGAGAAUUCAGUGUGGGUGUGUGGCUUGAGCAACGCUAAAAGAGGAAGAAGUAACAUUUCUCAGAAAUCAAACUAUGCUGUAUCUCUGUGAGUGUGUUUUGAGUCUCACACUUCAAAAAGCUGUGUGUGUGUGUGUGUGUUGUUGUUGUGAAGUCUGUGCUGUUUCACCUGUAAGAAUGUUGUUGGGGUUUUAUCUUCUCCUCAUUGUGCUUCAUAUCAUUGAAGGCUGCAAUUUAGAAAAACUAACAAAAACAGAGAAAAUUAAAGCACAAGUAGGAGAUGCUGUACUGCUGCCCUGCACUUGCUCAAACCUUCGGAACGCCCCUCGGAAUCUGACUUGGAAGAAAUACAACAAGAAUAAUGACUGGGAUUCUUUAGCAACAAACCAAAAGAGAUUUCAGCUCAGUAACGUACAGGAAAUCUCUCCAGGAAAUCUCUCACUACUCAUAUUAAAGCUGACUGUGGAGGAUGAAGGAUUGUACAGGUGUCAAAUUCGAGGUGAAGAAUACACAGACAUCAUCAUCACUGUUACAGGAGUAAAACAUACAGAACCACCUAAACUGCCGAUCAGCACUUACCUCUCCUUCAUCCCUGUUGUGCUGCUGCUGGGAAUCGGAGGAGUCAUUUUUUGGAGAUACAGAGUAAAGAAACGAGAGCAGACAACAAGCAAUACAGGACCAACAGAACAGAAGAAAGAGCAGGAAACACAGCUGAAUACACACACCUCUACUCAUGAUGAUGUCAUCAUGUACACCACUGUGGUCCACACUAACACAUCUCAAAGACCCAAAGCCGUCAGCACUGAAGAAAGGACAGAAUAUGCCGUCAUCAAAUUACAUUAACAGUCAUUAGACUUCUUUAACAUCUGCACAACAUGUGCACCAGCUCUUCUUCUUCUCAGCUUGUAUAGCAUGUGUACAUGUCUUUAUUAAUUCUACACACAUUGUACAUUAUAUAGUAAGUCGUUAACGUGAAUUUCUGGGUGGUUUUAUUCUGUUAUAAUAAUAAUAAUAAAUAAUAAUUCUGAGUGUCAAAUGUUAAUUCACUAUGUUUAAAAAAAAUAGUAUAUAAUGUGUAAAGAAGCAGUAUGAACAUGAAUAAUAAUAAAACAGCAGUUACAAUAAGCA